UGAGGCCCUAACGUCUGGGCCAGGGCGCGUUGGCGGAACCAGAAGCGGGAUCCGCCUCCCGCCCUCUCGGGGGCCGAGGUGCCCCGGGGUGUUGUGCGCUGUCACGGCACAGAGGGCGCCUCUGACCCCAGGAGGCCACGGCUGAGGCACCUCACUUGAGGUGCCUCACUGAGGCGUGCAGACGGGAAGGGGAGGCCGGGGGAAAGCAUUUGCCCCAGGCGGCGGGACGAAACCAGCAGAAGAGCCCGAGGCCAGGCCCAUCGCCGGGCCGGCGGGCCAGGCGCGCUGAUGACGUAACGGCGCCCUUGGCGACGGCGGUCACCAGGGAGCGGCGCGCGCCGAUGACGCGCGGCCCUAGCGACGCCGGUCACCAGGGAGCGGCAGCGCUGCACGGUGGCAUGGACGCGACCACCGCCCCGCACCGCAUCCCGCCGGAAAUGCCCCAGUAUGGGGAGGCGAACCACGUCUUCGAGAUGAUGCAGAACAUGCUGGAGCAGCUCCUGAUCCACCAGCCCAAGGACCCCAUCCCGUUCAUGAUUAAUCACUUGCAACGAGACAACGAUUAUGUGCCGAAGAUCGUAAUAUUAGGUCCACCCGCCUCGGGGAAAACCACUAUAGCCAUGUGGCUUUGCAAACAUCUGAAUAGCAAUCUUCUCAGCGUGGGGAACUUGAUAGCAAAAGAAUUUUCCUCUCUGGCUGCAGAUGCCAGGAGGCAUUAUCAGAAAUUCAAGACGGUGCCCAGCAUGCUGCUCAUCAGACUGGUUCAGGAGCGCCUGUCGGAAGAGGACUGCGUCAGGCGGGGCUGGAUUCUGGACGGCAUCCCUGAAACGCGAGAGCAGGCUCUGAUGAUCCAGACCGUGGGCAUCGUCCCCAGACACGUCAUCGUGCUGAGCGCGCCAGACACGGUCCUGAUUGAGAGAAACUUGGGGAAGAGACUUGACCCUCAGACUGGAGAGGUUUAUCAUACCACCUUCGACUGGCCCCCUGAAUCUGAAAUCCAGAACCGACUGAUGGUGCCAGCAGGCAUCUCAGAAGGGGAGACCGCGCAGAAGCUGCUGGAGUAUCACAGGAACAUCACCAGGAUCCUCCCCUCGUACCCCAAAAUCCUGAAAGUCAUCCCUGCUGACCAGCCGUGUGUGGACGUCUUCUCCCAGGCUCUGACCUAUGUCCAAAGCAUCCAUAGAUCUAAUGCCCCGUUCACCCCGAGGGUGCUGCUGUGCGGGCCCGUGGGCAGCGGGAAGAGUCUGCAGGCCGCCCUCCUGGCCCAGAAGUACGGCCUCGUCAACGUCUGCUGUGGACAACUGCUCAAAGAGGCUGUGGCAGACAAGUCGAAAUACUGCGAGAUGAUCCUGCCCUUUUUCGAAAAGGAGACAGCAGUCCCUGACAGCAUCAUCAUGAAGGUGCUGAGCCAGCGCCUGGACCAGCAGGACUGCGUCGAGAGAGGCUGGGUGCUGCACGGCUUCCCGCGAGACCUGGACCAGGCGCACGUGCUGGACAGCUGGGGCUACAAGCCCAACAGGGUGUUCUUCCUGAACGUGCCGUUCGAUUCCAUCGCGGAGCGGCUGACCCUGAGAAGAACCGACCCCGUCACGGGAGAAAGGUACCACCUCAUGUACAAGCCACCUCCAACCAUGGAGAUCCAGGCCCGCCUCCUGCAGAACCCAAAGGAUGCUGAAGAGCGGAUCAAGCUCAGGAUGGACCUGUUCUACAGGAGCGCUGCGGACCUGGAGCAGUUCUACCGGCAGGCCAUCACCCUCAACGGGGACCAGGACCCCUACACGGUCUUCGAAUACAUAGAGAGUGGGAUCAUUAAUCCCUUACCCAAGAAAGUCCCCUGAUGGGUCCAGAGCCAGGAGCACCCCCCAGGGAAACAAAGUUAACCCUCACCCCCACCUUCUGGAACCUCAGCCAAGCCAAUAAAGAGUGUAUAGGCUCAUGUGUUCUGAGAGAUGAA